UGGCCCGCCCGGCACACUGCGGCCCAAGCAGGGUCUCAGGCGGUGGAGAACGUGCCCUGCCCGCUUCUUCUAAAUGCUCAAGGACAAGGUCGGAACCCCUAAGUCCAGCGAGAGCCCCCUUCUCCUGGUGUCUUAACCUCUGCCACCUAUCCAGGCACCCUAGGUGCCUGGACACCUGCUGCCUCCGGCCCCGCCCAUCGCUGGCGCCCGGGGUCCCCAGCCUUACGGAGCCGCUGGGGCUACCUCUCCCGGAAGGACGACGCCUCCUGCCCAGCACAGUGCCUCAGCUUCCAGGCCCGCUGAUGGAUCCACUGACCAAGGGGUCAUGUGGGAGUCAGAUGGCACAAACCCUUCUCUGGAAAGCAAAGUCAUCCCUCUCCUUUGGCAUCCAGCCCCUCCAGACGUGGCCAACAAAAGACCCUGAACUAGAGUCGCAGGUCAACCUCUCUGUCUCAGAAGACCUAGGCUGUAGACGUGGGGAUUUCAGUAGGAAACAUUAUGGAUCUGUGGAGCUGCUUAUUUCCAGUGAUGCUGAUGGAGCCAUCCAAAGAGCAGGCAGAUUCAGAGUGGAAAACGGCUCUACAGAUGAGAAUGCAACUGCCUUGCCUGGUACUUGGCGAAGAACAGAUGUGCACUUAGAAAACCCAGAGUACCACACCCGAUGGUAUUUCAAGUAUUUUUUAGGACAAGUCCAUCAGAAUUACAUUGGGAAUGAUGCAGAGAAGAGCCCCUUCUUCUUGUCUGUGACCCUCUCUGACCAAAACAAUCAGCGUGUCCCUCAGUACCGUGCAAUCCUCUGGAGGAAAACAGGUACACAGAAAAUAUGCUUGCCCUACAGUCCCACCAAAACGCUCUCUGUGAAGUCCAUCUUAAGUGCCAUGAAUCUAGACAAGUUUGAGAAAGGACCUAGGGAAAUUUUUCAUCCUGAGAUACAAAAGGACUUGCUGGUUCUGGAAGAACAAGAGGGCUCUGUGAAUUUCAAGUUCGGGGUUCUUUUUGCCAAAGAUGGGCAGCUCACUGAUGAUGAGAUGUUCAGCAAUGAAAUUGGAAGUGAAGCUUUUCAAAAGUUUUUAACUCUCCUGGGUGACACCAUCACUCUCAAGGGCUGGGCAGGAUACCGCGGCGGUCUGGACACCAAAAAUGACACCACAGGGAUAAAUUCAGUUUAUACUGUGUACCAAGGGCACGAGAUCAUGUUUCAUGUUUCCACCAUGUUGCCAUAUUCCAAAGAGAACAAACAGCAGGUGGAAAGGAAGCGCCACAUCGGAAACGAUAUUGUCACCAUCGUGUUCCAGGAAGGGGAGGAAUCUUCUCCUGCCUUUAAGCCGUCCAUGAUCCGCUCCCAUUUCACACAUAUCUUUGCCUUAGUGAGGUAUGAUCAGCAAAAUGACAAUUACAGGCUGAAAAUAUUCUCAGAAGAAAGUGUACCACUCUUUGGUCCACCCUUGCCAACCCCACCGGUGUUUACAGACCACCAGGAAUUCAGGGACUUUUUGCUAGUGAAAUUAAUCAAUGGUGAAAAAGCUACAUUGGAAACCCCAACCUUUGCCCAGAAACGUCGGCGUACUUUGGACAUGUUGAUUCGUUCCUUAUACCAGGAUUUGAUGCCAGAUUUGCAUAAGAACAUGCUUAACCGGCGGUCUUUUAGUGAUGUCUUACCGGAGUCACCCAAGUCAGCACGGAAGAAAGAGGAGGCCCGCCAAGCAGAGUUUGUUAGAAUAGGGCAGGCACUGAAGCUGAAGUCCAUUGUGAGAGGGGACGCCCCAUCAAGCCUGGCAGCUUCGGGGAUGUGCAAAAAAGAGCCUUGGGAGCCCCAGUGUUUCUGCAGUAACUUCCCCCAUGAAGCCGUGUGCGCAGAUCCCUGGGGCCAGGCCUUGCUGGUUUCCACUGAUGCCGGCGUCUUGCUAGUGGAUGAUGGCCUUCCCUCCGUGCCUGUGUUUGACAGAACUCUGCCUGUGAAGCAGAUGCAUGUGCUGGAAACGCUGGACCUUCUGGUUCUCAGAGCAGACAAAGGGAAAGAUGCCCGCAUCUUCGUCUUCCGCUUGAGUGCAGUACAGAAGGGCCUGGAGGGCAGACAGGCUGGGAGGAGCAGGUCUGACUGCAGGGAGAACAAGCUGGAGAAAACCAAAGGCUGUCAUCUGUAUGCUAUUAACACCCACCACAGCAGGGAGCUGAGAAUCGUAGUUGCCAUUCGGAAUAAACUGCUUCUGAUUACACGGAAACACAAGCCAAGUGGUGUGAUAGGAGCAUCAGUGUUAUCUCCCCUGUCAGAGUCACCCGUUGAAGAAUUCCAGUACAUCAGGGAAAUCUGUCUGUGUGACUCCCCCAUGGUGAUGACCUUAGUGGAUGGGCCAACAGAGGAGAGUGACAACCUUAUCUGUGUGGCUUAUCGCCAUCAAUUUGACGUGGUGAAUGAGAGCACAGGAGAAGCCUUCAGGCUGCACCAUGUGGAGGCCAACAGGGUUAAUUUUGUUGCAGCUAUUGAUGUGUAUGAAGAUGGAGAAGCCGGCCUGCUUUUGUGCUACAACUACAGUUGCAUCUAUAAAAAGGUCUGCCCCUUUAACGGGGGCUCUUUUUUGGUUCAACCGUCCGCAUCGGAUUUCCAGUUCUGCUGGAACCAGGCACCAUAUGCAAUUGUCUGCGCAUUCCCAUACCUCCUGGCCUUCACCACUGACUCCAUGGAGAUCCGCCUGGUGGUGAAUGGGAACCUGGUCCACACAGCAGUCGUGCCUCAGCUGCAGCUCGUGGCCUCCAGGUCAGAUAUAUACUUCGCAGCAGCUGCAGCUGUGCACGAGGGCUCAUCUGGAGACAGCUCCAAGGGGGCCAGUGCCCACAAUUCUCCUGAGACACCCCCAGCCCGAGAUACUCCACUAUUUCCUUCUUCCCUGGGGGAAGGUGAAAUUCAGUCUAAAAAUCUGUACAGGAUCCCACUGAGAAACCUUGUGGGCAGAAGCAUCGAGCGACCUCUGAAAUCACCCUUAGUCUCCAAGGUCAUCACUCCUCCCACAUCCAUUGGCCUUGGCAUCGCUGCUAUUCCUGUCACUCAUUCCUUGUCCCUGUCUCGAAUGGAGAUCAAAGAAAUAGCAAGCAGGACCCGCAGGGAACUGCUAGGCCUCUCCGAUGAAGGUGGACCCAGGUCAGAAGGUGUGCCAAGGGCCAAAUCAAAAAUCCGGAAGCGGUUAGAAGAAAGUCAAGGAGCCCCCAAGCCAGGGACAGUAAGGUCAACUAGCAGUGACAGGAUCCCAUCAGGCCCCUUGGAAAGUCCUCUGUCUGAAGCCACUCCUGAGGGGUGUAACCACUCCACAAGCUCCAACCAGGACCCUGUCGUGGACAGAGAGGGCAGCCCUGUGUUGAGCAGCAGCCCUUUCCAGCUCAUGGCCUCCUGGGAUGAAGACAUAAUUGACUUGAAAUAGACAAAGCCCAGGUCUGGUCUGCUGUUGUUAGUUUUCUUGCGGAGGUUUAUACUCUUUGAACAACUCGAAGGUUAUGUCUCAACAAAGCGUGGCUUCCAGCCUGUCUGUGAUCUAUUGGACCAAACCUUCCACACCCCCGGCCAGUUUGGGUCACUCUCCAGUGUCCGGUGCCAUCUUUCUUGACCUGUGUUCCUUUCCGUUCAAGAACCAUCAGUCCCCCUUGUAAUAAAGGUGGUAGAUUUCAUUGACGUUUUAGAUCAAAACUUUGAAUAAAUCAAAAAUGUUCAUUCUUA